AUGGUCUUAGCUGAGUUAAGUACCCAGAUAACACAGGCGUUCCGCAAGCUUCACUCAACGACAGUGAUCAGCGAAGCUGUCAUAGAGGAAGUUAUCGGAGAUAUCGUAAGGGCGUUGCUGAUGGCGGAUGUGAACGUUAAGCUGGUACAUAAGUUGAAGGAGAACAUAAAAAGGCAGAACAAAAACAAUGCAGACAUGAUUGGAGCGAAUAAGCGCAGAUAUCUGCAAAAGGUCGUUGUCGAUGAGCUCGUUGCCAUGUUGACGACGGAAAAGAAGCCCUAUGUUCCAGUAAAGGGGAAACCUAAUGUAAUUAUGUUUGUUGGUUUGCAGGGUGCCGGCAAAACGACCAGCUGUACCAAGUUCGCAUAUCACUACCAACGCAAAGGUUGGAGAACUGCCUUGAUUUGUGCGGACACUUUCAGGGCUGGUGCCUUCGACCAGCUGAAACAGAAUGCAGCCAAAGUUAAGAUCUCAUUUUACGGAAGCUACAGUGAGGCCAACCCCGCAAAAGUCGCGGCUGACGGUGUGGCUCGCUUCAAGGCUGAGAAGUACGACAUGAUAAUAGUGGACACUUCUGGGCGCCACAAGCAGGAGGAGGCGCUCUUUGACGAGAUGCGUCUGAUUCAUGAGGCUGUUCAGCCUGACGAGGUUGUUUUCGUGAUGGAUUCCCACAUCGGUCAGGCCUGCUACGACCAAGCUUCUGCCUUCAACAGCGCCGUGGACGUUGGAAGUGUAAUAAUAACAAAGUUGGACGGCCACGCCAAGGGUGGUGGAGCUCUGUCAGCGGUCUCUGCCACCAACUCACCUAUUAUAUUCAUCGGUACUGGUGAACAUUUUGACGACUUUGAGCCAUUUGAACCAAAAUCAUUUAUUUCAAGACUACUAGGUUUUGGUGAUAUCAAUGGACUCAUUAACACUCUUAAGGAUGUAAUUAAUUUAGAAGAUAAGCCAGAUUUGUUAGAUAGAUUAGCAUCAGCUAAGUUUACCAUACGGGAUAUGUAUGAUCAAUUUCAAAAUUUGUUAAAAAUGGCUCCAAUUGGAAAAGUUAUGUCUAUGUUGCCUGGCAUCCCUCCUGAAUUGUUACAGGCUGGUAGGGAGCAGGAGGGUGUUGACCGCAUUAAACGGUUUAUGAUCAUUAUGGACUCAAUGACCGACGAGGAACUCGACUGUGAAAAGCCUUUCAAUAGUAGUAGAGUACUAAGAAUAGCUAAGGGAUCCGGUACUAGUCCAAAUGAUAUAAAUGUCCUUUUGGAGCAACACAAAUUGCUUCAGAAGAUGGUUGGUAGUAUGGGUAAGAUGGGUCUUACUAAGGACAAUGCUGUUCAAAACCUUAUGCGUAACCCUAACCAGCUAAUGAACAAGAUGCAGAGCAUGAUGGAUCCUAAGAUUCUUCAACAGAUGGGUGGUCCUGGUACCAUUAUGAAGUUGAUGCGUGAGUUUUCUCAGAACGAGGAUAUGCAAUCGUUAAUGAAACAAAUGAAGCGAUGA